CUAUUUCAGAUCUUUACUAUCUGGUUCCUUCUUCGCAACUGCUUCCAGUUGGAGCACUACUCAGACUGCUCAGUAUUUUCCUGUAUACCGUAUAUCAUGAAUGUCGACUUAUUUACGAGUAAAUCUAGAGAGGCUUUGCAGAAGCCGUUGUAUCAGAGAUGUGAAGAGAUUGAAAAGUUGAUAGAAGGCUCUUCCACGCAGAAUCUGCAUGGAUUCUUUCCGCAGCUCCUCAAUAACAUUUUUGGCUAUUCUGGCUCAACAGAUUGGGGUCUUAAAACCCUAUCACGAGACAGUAGAGAGUUUGACUUAGUACGUCGGUUUCUAUCUCCGUGUGGCACAGUUUUCAAAUUGAUUGACAUGCUGCAAGCUGAUGAUUUACACCGAUAUGAAUUCUUUAUUAGUUGCCUUCCAUUCCCAACACAGAACUCAUUAUCAGAAGGCAUGAUUCCAGUGUUUUAUCAUGAUAAAAUACCAGCCAGAACCCCUGGUGAGGCCAGAAAUGCAGUGUUACUUAAUGCCUUUGAGUACUACAUGUUUCAUUUUGCAUACUAUAUUGUACAUCAGGAAACCAACAGGGAAUCAAGCCUGACUGCACCUCAGGACUUUCUCUACUUGUUUGUGGUGGAGGACUACCUUAACUUCUUUUUGCCAUCUGAUGGAUCACCUAUCCUGCCAAGUAACUUGAAGGCUAAGCCUUCCACUGGAUCAAUACGGAAACUUUCUUCCUGGCAUGAGGUCAGUUCCUAUACAAGGACUCAGUAUUUUCAAAAUCAGUUUAAAGGUCUGAUUAAACCUUCGUCAGGAAGAGUUAGUCCACCCACCACACAUCAUGGAGUGCUUGAUCACACCUCGCAGGAAAUAUGGAGAUCUGAGAUAUUUGUUCAAGUUUUAAUAGAAUUUUGGCUAAAUCAGAACACAGUGGGAUCUUUUUCAAGCAAUGUCCUUUCUCAUGGACAGGAGUAUUUCAUGCCAUCUUUAGACCAUGUGCGUGUGGUCAGGUUGUUAGUCAAGCAUAUUCAUUCCUUUGUGUACAUCAAGACACCUGACCUGGAUCAGCUUCCUAUUCUACAUUCAUCUGAUGAACUCAGAAGGGAAAUCAUACCUCAGUUUCUCCAAAAGAAGCUGUAUUAUUUUCUGCAACAUUGCUUUUCCCACUGGCCUCUGGAUUCUUCCUUUAGAUAUGUGUUGGAAACCUGGCUAAGUUAUAUUCAGCCAUGGAGAUAUUCAAAGCACCAUCAUGAUGGCUCUACAGCUAGUGGGAGUGAGGAGUCCAGACAAACUGCCAGCCCACAAUGGAAAUCUUUUAUUUUUGACAACCUCCUGUUCUACUCAGCCUUGUUGUUUGAGUUUGUGUCCCGUGCCUGUCGCUUCAAUCUUAGCUCAGUUAAAGAUGCUCAUCUACUCUUUAGAGUCAUUAAGGUAUUUGCUCAGUCACAUUUGGUGGACAUGAUUGAAGAAGGAGAAAAUGCAUUUUUAGCUCCGUCUGGAAAUCGCUGGAGUGCCACCCAAACUAGCUUAACUGCAUCAAGCUCAGCCAUCAAGGCACAUAUUACAGAGCUGGAAGGACCUUCAUACUCAUUCAAAUCAGUGUUCCAACAGCCAGGAGCCACAAAGAUGGUUGAACUUCACUCCAGAGUGUUAUCUGCCCUUAAUGAGGCAAAUAGUAAUAGCCAAGCAGCUCAGGAACCUGAAGAGAACACUGGGGGCAUUGUUGGUUUGCUUACAAACAUCUUCAACAGUGGUAGUACGCAAGAGAAUGAAUUUGAUAGAAAAUCUGAAGAGGGGAAACUUGUGUCUAACUUAAAGCAGACUUCUGAGUUACUGACACGCAUCGUAAGGACUGUAGAUUCCAUUGAUGCUAGCAUAUUGAACAAUUCCAUACAAUGGGAGACCACUUCAGCAGUAUCUGGAAGAAGACACCCUACUUUACCAGGUUCCCAAACUUCCCUGCCAGACCAUGUUGAGACUGAGAGAGGACUGGUGCCAACUCCUCUGGGGCGAUAUCAAAUGAUGAAUGGUCUUCGCAAGUUUGAAGUGAAAUAUAGUGGUGAUCCAGAACUACAACCCAUUUGCAGCUUUGAAAAUCCAGCAUUAGUACGACUGUUCUUCAAGCUCUCCACUCAUCUUAAUGAAAAGUUUGGCAAAAGACUGGAUAACAUGUACACAAAUUCAAGACUCUUCAGAAGUGUUGCCUGCCUGAUGUCACCAGGUUUAAAGUCUGCCUCUUCCCCCACCCCUGUAAGACAGUCUUCAACAACCCCAGUCCAGUCCUCCCAGCACCUGCAGAUUAGUCUUCGGUUUUUAGCUUCUUACAGAACCUUGAUAUACUUGUUUAUAUUUUGGCUCUUUUGCCAAGUGAUAUCCAUGAACUCUGUCCUACUUAUUUUGCUGUGGAUUUUGGUGCUGGGCACAAUGGUGGUGUUGCACUUGACUCCUCAUCAUGAGAAAAGCUUAAUUAACAGUAGAUAAUAAAUGUAAAUACCAGUGGUGGAUCUGGGGGAGAUGAUGCAGGGGGGGAUGCUCAUCACCCUCCAUCUCCCCCUCCCCCUCCCCCUCUUCUUACAUUUAAACCAAGAAAAAUCAUAUACACCACAAACCCAUCAGCAUCAACCCUUUCAGCACAUCUGGAUGUACCCCUGCACUCAGAACACAUUGGGAAAGAUGCAUUGACAGCUCUGGAGUGAUGUUCAGGAAGCCUGUAGUUUUUGUUAUCGUCAUGAUUUCUUGAACUUUGUACUUUGAAUGGUUAGUAUUUAUUCUACUGUUGUAAAGAACCCUUUGAAUACCUGUGCGAACACUCUUUAAACUAUUUGUAAAUACUAAAAUAGAGUAAAUAUAUAGACUGGCAAAAGCUCAA